GGAAACACGCAGCUCGAGCUCUCGGGUUUGCAUGCAGGGCAGGAGGCGACGAAGUGCAUAGCGACUAAAGCCGCUUUUCGCGAUGUCCAAAAUGCCGGCGAAGAAGAAGAGCUGUUUCCAGAUAACCAGCGUGACACCGGCCCAGGUGGAUGCCAGCAUCAUCAUCGAAGAUACCGAGAAUCUGGACGACCCGGACGAAUCACGGACCGAGGAGGUUUCUUCAGAGAUAUUCGACGUGUCCCGGACCGAUUUCGAACCGGAGGCGUGCGACCGGAGCUCGUCGGAAGAAACGUUGAACAAUGUCGGGGAAACUGAGGCCCCCGGCGCGAUGCCAUCACAUAUACCUCAAGAUGGGCAGCUACCCGCAGCGACGGGUUCCCUGAAUGGGGGUAUCGGCUUUAGAAGCGUUAGUCAGCAGAUUUCUGGGACUCUAGGGCCGGCGGGCCAGCCCCCCGCGCUUCUGCAGCAGCCGGCUUCAGCCCCUGCACCGGGGAUUACAAAUGUAGCAGCGAGCACAUCUCAGCCACUUCCUGCCCCAGCCGUUUCCAGCACAGCAUCUACUACUACCACAAGUUGCAGUUCGAGGUUCAGGGUCAUCAAGCUCGAUCAUGGUACGGGGGAGCCCUUCCGAAGGGGCAGGUGGACUUGUGUGGAAUACUAUGAUAAAGAUUCCGAGGGCGCCGUUGGUAGGUCCAUGGACAGCCUCCGGCAUACGAGUGCCUUGGAUCACAGCAUGGAGAGGGACAGUGGGCUCGGUGCCACUGGUGGGUCUGUGGUGGUAUCGGCUGUGUUGUUCGGACCGGGCCACGAUUCUAGUGCGGAUGGCUCUUUCUCAGCUGCCGUGCAGUUGCACCUGGUAGACCCACCUCAGCAGCCACAGACGUACAGCUUUGGAAGCGUGGCGCAUGGUGCAUUCCAGUCCCCUCCGUACGCCGCCAUCCCACCCCAGAAUCUACUCCCCCCAGGGCACAAUAGUUCUUCCUUUAAUGUGUCCAUGCAGCACACCCACAAGUCCCCCAGCAUACCUGUCACGCAAGCCUUCACAUAUGCGGGGCAGCUCCCAAACGCCCAUCAACUUCCCGGCCAGCCUGUCGGACAGCCAGAAUACAGGCAACCACAUCUCCCGCUUUUGCAGGCUGUGGGCGCAGGCGCUUCCUCGCAGGUUCUGCCGGCGGGUGCCCAGGGGCCCCCACAAGUCACCCCGUCUAGUGCUCAGCAGGUGGAUUCAGCUGGCCUCAUGCAGCAACAGCAGCCAAAGCCCACUGGGCCGUACCAGCCCUCUGGGGGCUCACCAGUGGCCUCCAGCACUCCGCUGGCCUUGCCGCCCCAGACACCUCCUUCCGCAGGACAGUCCCGCACCUUGGGUCCUUUCUCCAGCAGCCCGGUGGAGGACUGCCGGAGGAAGUCCGACGUCCUACCUCAGGCUCCUGUCACCCCGGGAAAAGAUGUUGUGAAGGCCUCAAACCCAGAAAGCGUGCCCACUGUGAACACUCUGUUUGGAAUACCCAUCGCCAUGGAGGAAGAUGAAGAUUGUGCUUCUGGGGCAAGUGUUGUGGCAAUCGACAAUAAAAUAGAACAGGCUAUGGAUCUGGUGAAAAGCCAUCUGAUGUAUGCGGUGCGUGAGGAGGUGGAGGUGCUGAAGGAGCAGAUCAAGGAGCUGUUCGAGAGGAACUCUGUGCUGGAGCGGGAGAAUGCCGUGCUCAAGUCGCUGGCCAAUAACGACCAGCUGUCCCAGCUCUCGCAGACCGCUGGUGGCAGUGGGACCCCCACGCAACAACAGCAGCAUCCCGCGGUCCAGGCCGCCCCCCCGCCUCAGGAGGCCGGCCAGCUCCUGCCCCCUCAGCACAACACAUCCUCCGCGUGAAGCAUUAUGCUGCCCCCCCUGGACUGGGGCAAGGGCUGGCAGAAGUGGGAGGGGUGGGAAUGGAGAGUGGGAGAAUACAAACCCUCUUGAGAAUUUAAGAUCUUAAAGUUAAUUGAGUCUUUUACCUUGUUCACCCCAAGCUUCAAAAAAAUGUGACGAGGCGCGUGGGGUGUGUGUGCGCCGUUGGGCCCCUCCCGGUGUCGGGCGGCCCGGACCCAGGUGGCCGGGUAGAUGCGAGAAGCUGCCAGCCAGUGGAGUGGCGUGGCGUGGCGUGGUGUGACCGGGUGGGGAGGGGGCAUCGCUCACUGGGUAGAGAGGAUAUGGCUUUCUGAGUGGAAACAGUGGGGAAAGGUGAAAACGGUGUCCUGCCCUAGAUGGGAUGGGGUGGGGGGACGCUUUGGCCUGUUCCCUUUCAUGUCAGAAGUGAGGGAUGCUGGGAUAUCUACCCAUACUUCAACAUGAAAUCAGUUCAUCAGUUCACUUCCACUGUUUGUGUUUAUUUAUUACUGGGCUGCUAUUUUCAUAUCGUCAAUGAACAAUGAACAUAAAUGUCACAGAAUCAGUAAAAACCUUUUUUAAGUUCGAAAUGUAAAAGUUUCGCACAGCAGGUGGGUGAUGUAUUAUGUCAACUAGUUAAAUAUAUAGGCAAUAAAAAUCCUGGCAUAGCUAUAACACUAAUGGCAAUUUUACUUUGGGAUUGUUUAUUUACGUUAGUUACGAUCCAGUUUGAAUGUACAUUUUGUAUAGAGUGUAAAGUAUUAUAAACAUAGCAAGUUUGUACAGGUAAACACCAGUUUUUGUGAAACGGAAUCUUAAUUGAAAUCUUUGGUGGGCUAUUUUGAUGAAGAAGACUGUUCACUUCUGUUUCUGGUUGCUUUGUCUAAGAACAGAAAGGUGAUUGCCAUACUUCCCCCUACCUUUGGAGAAAAAAGUUGUCUUGUGCAUAAAUAUAAAUAUAUAUUUUUUGUUGGGUGGGGAAAAAAAAAGCUGUGAAAUUGUUCAACCUACUUUGUAACCAAAGAUGCGAAGCUGUGUAAUUCAGUUGUUUUGUAAGGCACACUUUAUGUAUUUUUAGUUUUUUUUCCUUUCUCCUUCACAACAAAAUAUUUUGUUGGUCUUUAGCAUGUUCUGCAUGAUUUAUAAUCUUCGAACCACUUUCUUACCUCAUGUUUUUAAUCAGCACUCUUAUUGCGUCAGUCUGCGAACAAUUAAAACAAAAUAUAUGGCGAGAUGCUGACAUUGGAGAUUCAAAAGAAGAAAUGCAGACCGUGGGGUCUUCACUGACUGCAUAGACUGACCUGAAUGCAUCUUCGCUUUACAUUGUGUUUAGAAUCUCCUGUGCAGACCAUUUUCUUACAUUGACGAUUUUCAAUCUUUAGCCAUGACUUUCAUAUUCUCGAAUGUAGUGUACACCGUUUCAAUUUGAGAAGGUGAAACUAUAUCUGCCCAUUUUCAAAAUCUGAUUUGGACCCAGCAAAUUGCGUAUGGAGAAGUCCGGUAUGUCCUUUCUGUGUUUUUUUCCCCCCCUCAUUGUGCCGCCCCACCCCGUGCACCUUGACUCUGAAAACGGCGAUGUCAUUGUUGCUGACUGGGCUCGCUUUCCGGUUGCCCAUUUGUGUGACUGGUUACCGUGGUGAGAGUCUACAACUGCAAUAUUGUCAUUUAGUUUCUGUUUUUGUCUGAAGGAAUUGCAAAGUGUUCUGUAUGAGCUUUAUCACUGAGCCUUGGAAAAAUAUAUUUUUACUUGAGCAAA